AAUUGGCAUCAAACAAUACCUCAAUUCACCCACACUUAGAAAAAAAAAAACAAAAAACAAAAAUGGAGCAUUUCUAUCUUAGCCUUCUGCUGAGUUUCAUGUCCUUCAUCAUGGUGUCUCUGUUUUCUCUUUUCUACAAACACAUCUCUCAAUACAAGAACCCCAAUCUCCCUCCAGGGAAACCAGGCUUUCCAUUUGUGGGAGAGAGCCUGGAUUUUUUGUCCACAGGAUGGAAAGGUCAUCCUGAGAAGUUUGUGUUUGACAGGACAACUAAGUAUUCCUCUGAUGUUUUCAAAACUAAUCUGCUUGGUCACCCUGCAGCUGUGCUUUGUGGAGCUGCAGGUAAUAAGUUCAUGUUCUCUAAUGAGAACAAGCUUGUUGUUGCUUGGUGGCCUGAUUCUGUCAACAAAAUUUUUCCUUCUUCUCUUCAAACUUCUUCCAAGGAAGAAGCCAUCAAAAUGAGAAAGCUUCUUCCUCAAUUCUUCAAACCUGAGGCUUUGCAGCGAUAUAUAGGUAUCAUGGAUACAAUAGCACAAAGGCACUUUGCUUCAGGGUGGGAGAAUAGAAAAGAAGUGGUGGUAUUCCCUCUUGCAAAGAAUUACACCUUCUGGUUAGCCUGUCGCCUCUUUCUAAGCCUGGAAGAUCCAACCCAUAUAGCUAAAUUUGCAGAGCCUUUUCAAGUAUUAGCCUCAGGAAUCAUAUCUAUUCCAAUAGAUUUGCCUGGAACUCCCUUUAGAAGAGCCAUAAAGGCCUCAAAGUUUAUAAGGAAGGAGCUUGUAAGCAUAAUCAAGCAAAGAAAGAUUGAGCUUGAACAAGGCAAAGCUUGCAAGAGAGAUGACAUAUUGUGUCAUAUGUUGAGUACAAGUGAUGAGAAUGGAGAGUGUAUGAAUGAGAUGGAUAUUGCAGACAAGAUUCUUGGAUUGUUGAUUGGUGGUCAUGAUACUGCUAGUGCUGCUUGCACUUUCAUUGUCAAGUAUCUUUCUGAACUCCCACACAUCUUCCAACAAGUUUACAAUGAGCAAAUGGAGAUUGGUAAAGGAAAAAAGGUGGGGGAAUUGCUGAAUUGGGAUGAUAUUCAGAAAAUGAAAUAUUCAUGGAACGUAGCGUGUGAAGUGAUGAGACUUGCGCCUCCUCUUCAAGGUGCUUUUAGGGAAGCCAUCAAUGAUUUCAUCUUCAAUGGUUUUUCCAUUCCAAGGGGCUGGAAGCUGUAUUGGAGUGCAAACUCAACCCACAAGAAUCCAAAAUACUUCCCAGAACCAGAAAACUUUGAUCCAAGCAGAUUUGAAGGGCAAGGACCAGCUCCUUAUACAUUUGUGCCAUUUGGUGGAGGACCCAGAAUGUGCCCUGGAAAAGAGUAUGCAAGACUGGAAAUACUUGUUUUUAUGCACAAUUUGGUUAAAAGAUUCAGAUUUGAAAAGGUGAUUCCUGAUGAGAAGAUCAUUGUUGAUCCUAUGCCUAUUCCUGCCAAGGGUCUUCCAAUUCGCCUUUAUCCUCACAACACUUCUUAACUACAUCUUCAUAUAUCAUCUUCCUCAAGCAGGGCAAAGCUCUUUACUUUACUUGUUCCCAAGAAAGAAGGAAAGAAAAUAUUAGUUUCAUAUGUCAUAUGUAUCAUAUUCAACCAACUUUCAUUUAUGUAUAAUUAGUUUUCAAAAUGCCAAAGAAGCAAAAUUUCAAUAUAGUUUUCAAGCUGAAUUCUAUU